CUGCCAGCUUGACCUCUCCCCUCUGGCCAAAGAGCAGACCCAUCACCUGGAGCUGCCGCUGGAGGAGUCCCGGGGCGUGCUGGUGCUGCUGGUCACGCUGACCGCCUCGGCCCACGUCUCCAUCGCCGACCUGUCCGUCACGCCGCUGGACGACCCGCAGGAGCGCAGGGAGAUACUCAAACGAUACGGUGUGUUGAAGUCGUUCUCUAAUUUAAAAGACGUGGGCAUGGUGCAGGUGAAGGUGAUGAGAGCAGAGGGACUCAUGGCUGCUGAUGUAAAUGGUAAGAGCGAUCCUUUCUGUGUGCUGGAGCUGAACAACGACAGACUACAGACACACACUGUUUACAAGAACCUCAGUCCAGAGUGGAACAAAGCCUUCACCUU